AUGACGAGGGUAUUCCGGCCUAUAGAAGAAACAGGCUUACUCCGAGUGACCUGGCGAGGCACAAGUCCUGAUGCGAUCGUGAUCCGCGGUAAAGGCUUCGCUGCUGAUGCUAUUACCGAUCCUGCGGUCCCUGUAACCGCAACUGGGGGUAUGCCAUUCGAUCCAGCACCCUUCUCACUCCUGGGUUGUGCAAGUGUCGUGAUAUGGUUCCUUGCCGAUGAGUCUCCUUCUGGUAUCACUGCCGAUCCAGCCUUGGCUAUCGUAGUAAUAGGCGAGUCUGAUCGCUUCUCUUUUGAGGUGCCUGUGAGUAGAGCGUGUCCAUUCGUCCGUGAUUUCUUGUCAGACACAGGUUGUGCAUUUGAUGCCGAAGAAGCGCCCUUGCGUUUUCCCAUGACCGAGUCGAGAGAUUGUGAACGGGGAGGAAUGAGAGGAAUGAAGGAAUGGGACGAAUAA